AUGGAAUACGAUACAUUCCGUGAUCCUGCCGACCCCCUUACUGCUGGCGCGCAGGUGCUAUUCGGGGCCAUUGCGAGCCUCGUGACUGGGCUUGCGGAUGCCCCAAAAGGGAUCGUGCUUGAUCUUGUUUCUGCGGCUCGCGCAAUCGGCCACCCACAUGAACAUUUUGAUCAUCGCGCAGCUUGUCAGGCAGCAAUUCCUUCUCCGGACCACUCAUCCCGAGAAGAAAGUGUCGAGAACGUGGAAGGGCAACUUGAAAAUUAUGAGGACGAUACCGUUCCGGACGACACCGUUCCGGACGAGGAGAAUACACAGGAAGAUAUUACUGAUGAAGACGAUGAAACCGAUGUCAGCGGCAGCACCCCAACUUCGUGCAUGGAACGCAAGCGAAGUCUCCAGCUCCAAACGGCCAAGCCAAUGAGCAGCUCGCUGGCGCCCUCCAAAAAACGUAAAGCCAAUGCUCUAUACGAAGCAGCUUUUCACGGAAGUAUAAUCUCGAGGAAGUUCUUGAGGUUGAUCAUGUGGCUACCAACCGAUGUGUCACUGAGCAUGGCCAAAGGGUUCCACAACGCCCCUAAAUUAUAUAACGACCCGAUGGUAAAGGACGUCCCACAGGUGAUCAGUGUUCGAGGCGGAUUCAGGGCGGCCGGAAAGGUAGUACCAGCCAUACCAGCACCAGCAUGGGGCCAAGUAUUCUGA